AGUAGGAUUCGCACAACCACUAAGCCCAAUACCAUUUUCCCCUCGGAAGCAACUAGCAAGCAGUCCACGACUACGCUAGUGUGACCAUUUUUGACGGCAGCAAUCGCUCUCUAUGGCCUCAAGAUCCGCCGUCAUCGCGUGGGGCUCAGGAGAAGAUGGGCAGUUAGGAAUAGGGGAUGACGAAGAGAAAGAAUGGGUUUGCUCUAUCAAAGCACUCCAGAACGAGAAGGUUUCCUCAGUUGUCGCCGGCAGCAGGAACUCUCUCGCCAUCUGUGAAAACGGCCAGUUGUUUACAUGGGGUUGGAAUCAAAGAGGGACCUUGGGACACGCACCGAUAUCUAAGACUGAGAAUAUUCCCAGUCAGGUUAAGGCUCUUGCUAAUGUCAAAAUUGUUCAGGCAGCUAUUGGUGGAUGGCAUUGUCUGGCUGUUGAUGACCAAGGCCGAGCUUAUGCUUGGGGUGGGAACGAGUAUGGGCAGUGUGGUGAAGAACCAGAGAGGAAAGAUGACACUGGGAAGCCUGUGAGGAGGGAUAUUGGAACUCCACAGCGAUGUGUGCCAAAGCUUUCGGUUCGUCAGGUAGCUGCAGGUGGCACUCAUUCGGUGGUUCUUACAAAGGAAGGGCAUGUAUGGACAUGGGGUCAACCAUGGCCUCCUGGGGACAUAAAGCAAAUAUCCACGCCCGUUCGAGUACAAGGCCUUGCAAGUGUAAGGCUAAUUGCAGUUGGAGCUUUUCACAACUUGGCUCUUCUUGAUGAUGGAGCUUUGAUGGCAUGGGGUAAUAAUGAGUAUGGACAACUAGGAACAGGGGAUACCCAGCCAAGAUCACAACCCAUCCCUGUUCAAGGACUGCUGGGUCUUUCACUGGUUGAUAUUGCUGCUGGAGGAUGGCAUUCUGCAGCAUUGACAGAAGAAGGGGAGGAGCCAUGGAUGUUGUGGUACCUUAAAGGUUCUUAUCAAUUGCAAUGUUCUCCAUACUCCAGGUUUAUGGUUGGGGCAGAGGGGAACAUGGAAGGCUCGGCUUUGGGGAUGAUAAGAGCAGUAAAAUGGUGCCACAAAAGGUUCAACUUCUAUCUGGGGAGAAUAUUGUACAGAUCUCGUGUGGAGGGACCCACUCUGUGGCACUAACACGGGAUGGCCGCAUGUUUUCUUUCGGGCGAGGAGACCAUGGACGACUAGGAUACGGGAGAAAGGUGACAACUGGUCAUCCUUCGGAAGUGCCCAUCAACAUUCCACCUCCAAAGGAUCUGAGCGACGCUGAAGGACAGUGGUGCGCUACACUCGUGGCGUGUGGGGGCCGCCAUACGCUGGCACUCGUAAACUGGCACACACGCGAACCUGAACAGCCUCUGUGAAGUUCGCUCACUACUUUAUAUAGUAUUAGAACUCUGGUAGAGAUUUGGCUUUCCUGUAUAACUGCAAACACUAUACUGUUUUCUUUGGACAUAUUGGUAUUAUAGUACAAAAUAUGAGCAGAGCUAUAUUAUU